UCAUAAAAAGGUAUGGAGAGAACUUUUCCUCUCAAACAACAACUUUGUUCCUGUUAUCGAUUUUCUCUACCAAAGUUGCGAGUUGGAAAGUUGGAUACUUUGGUUGCACUUUCCGAUUCCUUACAAAAGGACGAUAUUGCAGUGGAAGCAACCCUAUGGAGAUUAUUGCGUCAGUACAAGGAAUGGAGUGACUCUAGUGUGUUUAUUCCCAAAGUAGAAGGACAGAACUUGUUGGAUUAUGUGGUUGGUUUUCGUUGGUCGGAAGAAAAGUUUGCCUCUUCAGAAUCACUUACGAACAUUGUACAGACUAUCUUGGAACAAGUACAUAGUUUUGAAGAGGAGUUGAAGAAAAGAACGACAGAUUAUGCACAACGCAAACAAAUAACAAGUGCUGAAGAACGAAAGACUUGGGGUUCUUUGAUGGUCAGGUCUUUAGAAGGCUUAGUUGAUCCUCAAAAGUGUAUCGAAACAGAACACCUUACUAGUGUCUUUUUCGUUGUUCCGAAAUAUAAUGAAAAGGAUUUUCUGGCUUCUUAUGAGAAACUUGCGUCAUUGAUUGUUCCAAGAAGUGCUCAACGUUGGUCUCAAGAUAAUGAUUGGGUGUUGUAUUCUAUUACUAUCUUUCGUUCUUGUAUAGAAGAAUUGAAAAAGAAUGCUCGAGAGAAACGUUAUACUAUAAGAGAAUAUUCACCCAAGAGUUCUUUGACUAGAAUCCAUUCUGAUCAUUCAGUAGAAGAGUCGUUGGAGUCUUUAAGAUUGCGCUGUUUGGAAUGGAUAACGACUGCCUUUUCAGAAACAGCCAUUGCUUGGACACAUUUAAAAGCUAUUCGAUUAUUUGUGGAAUCCGUUCUUCGAUUUGGUUUGCCAGUCAAUGUGGAAACCAUGUUAUUAUUACCUUAUCCCAAGACACAAAGCAAACUACUAAAGACUUUGGAUAAAAUAACCUCUCCAUGGAUAUCUGGCAAUCCUGAAUAUUUGCAUCAUCAAAAGUCUUCGUCUACUACUAGUGAUGAUCGUUAUGCUUCGUUAUUAGGAAUAUCCAUUCAAGAAGAACUUCAUCCUUUUGUAUUAUUGGAAUGGAAUAUAAUAGGAAAAGAAACUUGAAACAUUUAUGACAUUUGUUUUGCCAAUUCGUUCAUAUAAGCUAUAAUAACUUUGAUUCCUUCAAUGUAAUUGAGUCUAGU